AUGAAUACUCAAAGAGCUAAUCAUAUAAUUUUUGUUUCACCAUCUAAAUAUGUAGAACCAGCUUGGGAAACACAAAACAAUGGAAACAUAUAUUUACAACCGAUUCCAGAAGCAUGGAUAGCACCAAAUAAAGAUGUCUCUCUUCGACCGAUGUCAUUAAAAUUACAAGAGAUCAGAAAUGGUGAAUAUCGAAAAACGCCAUCAGUUUCUUCUGCAGUAUCAGCUAUUACUGAUUAUGCUGAGCCAUCAUCAAAGUACAACGCUAAGUAA